UCCCAAGUAGCAGCCAAGGAUGCAGCAUGAGCAGCAGUGAGUGCAGAGGGAGUCUGGAUAGCUGGAGUUCUGGAAUCACCUUCCGCCUUCACAAUUCAAUCAAGAAGCAAAGCCGAGCAGCCUUUCAAAACCGACUACAAGAAAAGAGAAGGUGGCCCAGCGAUCUAGCUGGUAGAUAUCGUUGCAGAGCAUUUUCUAUUGAGCAGGGAGGUGGGAACACCGAAUGCCAUGCAGGGCAGCAUCAGGCAGAGCAUCAGGGGAGGGGCUUUGUUCAGUCCCAAGCUAGUGCGAAAAGAGAUCAAAAGUGUUUGCUGGAGGGAAAGACUGAAAAUAAAGUCAAGUUUUCACAGUUCUUGGAUGAGGUGACAUCCAAUGUGCUUAAUCCAAACAGCUUGCAGGCGUUUGGGAAACCAUCUCAUUUUUCCAGCUCCACCACUUCAACGGCACGUCCACAUCAAGACAAAGACAAAGUGGUGACCCAGAAGAGCUGGCUGUCCUGUUCAAUGGCCCAGCAGCAGGAAUUUUUACUGGAGCAUGACACCCAGGAGGAGCAGACUUCAACUGACCUACCUCCAAAAACCUACUUGGAAACAGACAUUGACAUAGUGAGAAGGGAUGACCCGGCACAAGAUGCAGAGAUCAGACCUGACUCGCCACCACCGUUACUGAUGGAUGAGCAAAAUUUGAUUCCACCCCCUCCGAAUUUUUGCCAAGGAUUUGAAAUGAAACGUUUUCUGGAAUUCAAUCACAACUCCCACAGAUACCCCUUCAGAUCCGUCUCUUUGCCCAGAGGCAUCAACAUGGUUUGUGACGAUGGCAUGAACCACAUAGACACCAUCAGCUCAUUGCUAGAGCAAAAAGAAGACCUACGGAAGCGACUUUCCUAUACAACACACAAGCUGGAGCUGCUACAGAGUGAGUUUGACGCCACGCGUCAGUACCUUGAGACCGAGCUGCGUCGUGCUCAAGAAGAGCUGGACAAGUUUACCGAUAAACUACGCAGGAUCCAAAGCAGCUACUCUGCACUGCAGAGGAUAAACCAAGAUCUAGAGGAAAAGAUACACAGAGAUUCGCAGCACCAUGAUGACGAAAAACGAGCCCUGAGCAGGGAGAUCAUCGUCUUGAAUAACCACUUAAUGGAGGCAAAGCUCACCAUAGAUAAACUUCAAGAGGACAAUGAUGUCUACAGGAAGGAUUGUAACCUGGCGGCUCAGCUUCUACAGUGUAACAAGUCACUUUAUAGGGAUGAGCUCUCUGAGCUCCCUACUGAAUUUCAGGAGCGAUUGACUAUGCACAUGGAAGAAUCUCCGCUCUGCCACACAUACUCGGACUCGGUGUCAGCCUCAUUCAUCGGACAGGUGCUCGAGAAGCCAGAUGAGGCGUGCAGCAGCAGCCAAGCCUCGCGCUCCCCCAGCCCUCACACUCCGGAACACAAUUUUGUUCUAGAGACCUUGGCCCAAGGCGGGCGCCUGGGUCUGCGCGCAGCCUACAAGUCUGAUCUGUACAGCAGUGACACAGCCCUUUACUGCCCCGACGACCGGCACCGGGAGCGUAGACCCAGCAUGGACCUUCACGGCCAGAGGAAGCUUCUUUAUGAACCUCAGAAUUCUACUGACAGCAACCCAGAAGAGUGCUCUGUUGGCUUAAGACCGGGUUUCACCCAGGAGCACUUCGCUGAUUUCCCCCCCAUGGGUGUGGGCUCUAGCUCCUAUUCCAGCUUUAGCGGAGGUGGUUCCGAAGACAAAGCCAACGACCCACCGAGCAGCGCAGCUUCCUCUCCGCACCAUCAUACACUCUACAUGGACUGGAGGGACGCCGGAGACUACGAGAGGAAGAGCGACUCAUCCUGGGAGAGGGAUAGUCCUAGAGGUUUCGGUAACAAUCAUCCUUUCCAGCAGACGGAGAUGAUCCACCAGCAGAACAGCAGCUCACCAGUGUACAGCCGUACCAUGUCCUCUUGUUUUAGCGAGCCUUACGAGCCCCUGCCUCCAUCGUCCUCUCCGAGUGUCGCCUAUGGAGACAGCCGCCGAGGAAGCGCCCUGGCACCCGAUGAGGAGGAGCCGAUUGGAAGAUGGCGCCAGCUCAGCGCCGAGGACUUGAGCUCACACUCCUACCGCAGUCCCGGACGUGCUUCGCCGUACAGCUUCUCUGAGCAGCACUUCUCCGUAAGACCGGCAAAGAUCCGCCUGGGACCGCUCUACAGCAGUUUCCAGGAAGGGGCCGACUACUACCACCAGGAAGGAGCCGGCAUCAUGCCGGAUCCUGGGUGGGUGGCAACCAGUCCAGAGUGCAGCCCGGUGCUCCGCCACGCUCACAGCCAAGCUCACUUAUACGAGGACAGCCAAGGUUCCGAGCACAGCCUUUACCACUCGGGCAACUCUAAAGACCGAGAGGGCAAUGAGGCAUCUGGAGGCCAAAGUGUUGAUUACGGGGAACAAAGCCCCAACAGUUCCACUGAAUCCCUUAACCACCGCUCCUUGGAGAUGGCGGCAGACCUUCAGCACUACCAAGCGGAGAUGCACAACCUUUCCGGCCAGGUAAGCCCGUCGUCACCGCCCCCGGCUCCGCCCCCUCCACCGCCCUACCACCAAAAAUUUGGCUCUCUGGGACUUUCCCGGAAAGACAGCUUGACCAAGGCUCAGCUAUAUGGAACACUCCUCAACUGAAUGACCUUGCAGAACAACUGGAAUAGAAGCCACAGAACUGUGUGUUGUGAACAUGUGAUUGGUGAUUACAGAAAAGUAUACCAGUGAGAGGCCUCAGUGCGUUAGUAAGAUUGUGUAUGGUGGUGUCUUGACUUAUGAGUAUACAGAGAGUUUUUCAAGUUAUGAGGUAUCAACGGUCGAUUUGUGUUUUUCUUUCAAAAUUCGAAUUGAUGUUAUGUACUUUACAAGUAAAAUGACUUGCAAGCUUGUUUACGAAACAACACUAAAGUCAAGGUACCACUGUAUGUAUUAUUAUAUACUCAUAACUGGAAAAUAACAUAUUUUUGUUUGUAGCUAUCCAAAUACCACAUUUUAGUAAACAUGGAACUUGUACAUACAUGCAUUUAAAAAAGCCAAGACUAUUCUUAAAAUAACAUGCAUUCUCUAAUUUGAUGCCUGUAUAAACUGCAUUUGCCUAUUAUGGCAUUCUCAGCUAAUUAAUAACAGAUAGUGACAAAUUAUUGACGUUUUCCAUUUUCUGAUUGAAUCUGACAGUAUCGGUUAGUGUUUUAUAUUGUUAUUGAUGGAAUGUUUUGAAAUGUAAACAUGUCGCAGCAGUUUGUAUCAAUUCUUCUCUUCAUAUAACUGACACAAAAUUCCUGCAAUGCCUCCUUUUUCCCUUUCUACCUCAGAUUUGGACACCCGUGCCCCCGUCAAAACAAUAUAAUAUAGAUAUGUUCCUUUUAUUAAUUGCGCAUGUUAAUAUAUUUUUGGUUGUUUCGUUAAUUCAAUAAAAGCACAAAGUAUGCAAACGAUCCUUGAUUUUUUUAAAGAGGGCCUUUCGAAGUGUGUUGUGUGGUGAGUCUUCAUCAAUAAUUUAGGACAGUGUUUUUCAAGCUUUUCUGAAUCACGGCAUGUUUUUACAUUGAAAAAAAUCUCGCGGCACACCACUAACCAAAAAAUGUUCCAAAACUGCGUUCUGUACAGUUUCAUUAUGAAAUAAUUUCUCAAUACUCACACUUCCUCAGUAUGAAAUUUAAGCCUGUUCAGAUGAACACAAAGCCAAUAUCCUGGCAGGAAUUGAACACACACGAAGCUCUUCUUCAACAGCUCUCAGUCUCUCUCUGUUUUGAUUUUUAAUAGCAGUUCGGCUUAAAAAGCUCAAAAUGAUCAGACGGGGGCUUUAGCAGUAUCUUUAAGCGCAUGAUGGCUGAGCAUCUCACUGACAAGGGCUUCGCAGGCAGGUAGUAUUCAUUUCUCUGCCACAGUAUGAGACUUUUUGGAUUUAGCAACAAGUUCAGUAACAAGAUAACUGAGUUUGAGGGCUUUCUCAUUUACCUUUGUAGUGUUUUUUUCACUAAGGCGAACAAAAAUAGUCAAUCGACUUUCUUUGA